AUGUCUGACUUCCCGGACGCCCCGACCGCGGCUCCUUCUGCCAACGGUACUUCCUACAUCCAGGCCACCAAGGAGAACGCUGCCGCUGCCUACCAGCAGGUCGCUACCGGCCCGGUCGCCCAGAGUGUUAAGGACCAGUCCGCAAAGACCUCAAAUGAGUUUGGAAACCUCGCUGCCUCUCGCAAGACUCCCGCCAACCCCGCUGCUACCGGCCAACCCUUGACUCACUACCACUCCUUCUUCUUCGAGCUUAUCUCGUGGAACAACCCUCGUGCCUCGGCCAUUGCCUACUCCUCCAUCGUCGCCCUCAUCUUCGCUGCUCGCUAUCUCGAUGUCUUGCGAUACAGCUUGAAGCUCACCUGGAUGGUGCUUGGCACCACCGUCCUUGCCGAGGUCGCCGGCAAGCUCGUCCUAAACAACGGCCUUGCUACCCAGCUCCGCCCCAGACGCUACCACGUCAUUCCUAGAGAGACGCUCGAUGCCGCCAUAGGAGACGUUCACGAGCUGAUCAACUUCUUCGUGAUUGAGGCUCAGCGCAUUGUCUUUGCCGAGAACAUUGGUGCUUCUGCUGCUGCCUUCAUCGGCUCCUUCAUCGCCUAUUACCUCGUCAAGAUUGUUCCCUUCUGGGGCCUUUCUCUGAUUACCACCACCGCGAUCUUCAUGGUCCCUCUCAUCUACACCUCUAACCAGGAGCUCAUUGACGCCCAGCUCCACCGCGCCGGUGAGGUGAUCAACCAGCAGACCAACCAGUUCCGCACUGUCGCCAGCAAGCACACUGCCGAGGCCACCAACAUCACCAAGCAGUACAUGGGAGACUACACCGCUAAGGCCCAGCAGCUGCUUGGCCGUCGCUCUGCAUCCCCCGAGGCUGUUUCCAAGCCCGCUCCUGCUCCUUCCGCUGACACCGCCAUCCCCUCGGUGGAGGAGAAGGACUUCCCGUCCGCCCCCAAGGCUGACUUUGAGAGCACCACCACCGAGCCCGUCGUCCCGGCCGCCGACGAGAAGACCCCCAUGGUUGCCUCCUAA